GGAAGGCAGUAGAACAAACAAUACCUAUUACACGCUCAUGGCUGCUCAACGAAGGUCCGUCUUCUUCCUCCUAUCACCUCUGGUGGUUAUAGCAAUCACAGCCGUGCAAAGUGUCAAUGGCGUGGAAUACCAAGUAAUCAACAACGCCACCGGAACAGCCGGAGGAACCCGGUUUUCGAACGAAAUCGGCGUCAAAUACAGCAAACAGACCUUAAUAUCAGCCACCCAAUUCAUCUGGCGAACCUUCCAGGAGACGAGUAAGGCUCAAAGGAAGAGCGUAGAGAGAGUGACCAUGAUAGUGGAGACCAUGGAUGGAGUGGCUUACGCUAGCAACAACGAGAUCCACGUCAGUGCCAACUACAUCGGAAGCUACUCCGGCGACGUAAAGACUGAAAUCACCGGCGUUCUCUACCAUGAGAUGACUCACGUGUGGCAGUGGAACGGCAAUGGGCAGACUCCAGGUGGUUUGAUCGAAGGUAUUGCAGACUACGUGAGGUUGAAAGCAGGGUAUGCGCCUUCCCAUUGGGUGAAACCGGGUGGAGGGGAUAGGUGGGACCAAGGGUACGAUGUCACUGCUUACUUCCUGGAUUACUGUAACAGUCUCAGGAAUGGAUUCGUGGCUGUUCUCAACAAAAGGAUGAGGACAGGUUACAGUGUCUCUUUCUUUCAGGAACUGUUGGGGAAGACGGUGGACCAACUCUGGUCUGAUUACAAGGCCAAGUAUGGGAAUUAAGAUUAAAGGGAAGGUAAUUGAAUGUGCUCCUGUGUGGCGCUAAGGUUUCAUAUGGCAAAAAAAAAAUAAAUAAAUAAAUAAUAGAAUGGUGGUUGGCCGGUUGGGAUUGGUCAAGGUCAGUUCCAUUCUAGAUCGGCUUAGAUUGACAGAAAUACCCCUGGAUUCAAUUAAAAAAAUAUAUUUUUUGCUGUCUUACUCUUUAUCUAUACUAAACACUACUAUGAUAUCGGC